CAUCAGGAAGUAAACCUACACGUUUCUCUCUACUAUUUCUGGCAGUAAAAGGUCUCUGCAGUUUAGUUUACACUUCAAAAUGAGGAAAACAGUUGAUACAGACAAUGAAACUAAGACCGUGGACAGCAAGGAAACCCCUGGGUCUGAAAAGAAGAAGUCCUACUGCAAAUUGAAUACUGUUACAAGUGAACGGUAAGUACUGUAGCCUUCAAGCUCAGAAGCCAGCCUCUAGGCCUGUAGUUUCACUUGUUUCAGUGUUGUCAUAGCUAACUUUGUCCCCAGGCUCAAUUGCAGAGGGAGCCAGCCGUCUGGUGGACUAGCUUAUGUCAUAGCCUAGAUGUGUAAUGUAUUAUAAGUUGUUAUAAUGCACAGCGCUAGGCUACUAUUGUUUUGGCCUGUUAUAAGGCCUAUCUUGCAUGUUCACACCAUUCUCAACUGCAUCAUUCUACCCCCCCCCCCCCCCCCUAAAGAAAGCCAGAGCGCCAAAGAUACAUUUCCAUUUUGGACAAUAAAGUUUGAUUAUCUUUGUUAUAGUUCUCCGGGGUUGUCCACACUGAAGAAGGUGAUCUUACUGCAGUGUACUGUCUACAUCUCUCUGCCCGUAAUCCUCUGCCUGUUUCCAUGGAUACUAGGCCAUGUCGUCUGUUCCCACUGGUGUAAGUAGAGGAGUUCAGUCUAACCCUAUUGAAAACUGACGUGAUGAAAUGACUUCAGAUGACUGUUGCCGCUGCAUGUGCUGCACACCAUAUCUAUUGUAGAUACAGCAAACUACUGUAUGUUCUGUCAUAUAUAUAUAUAAUAUUAUUGCACGGAAUGAUUUAGACAGGUGUGAACUGAAUAAACUGGGUGAUAACUUCCUUUUUGUUUUGUUUUGAAAUCUGUACCAGUGAGGCUUCCGUACCUUGUGGACCUGGCUAGUCCAGUAGAGCUCUCCCUGAACCACACCCUAAACUUCUACCUCAGUCCAGAGGAGGGGAUCUCACUGGGUGUAUGGUAAAUCGGUGUAUACGUCCCAAAUGGCACCCUAUUCCCUACCUAGUGCACUGCUUUUGACCGGGACUAGUCAAGUGUUUUUCAAUCAUUGCAUAGGGGUAUACUACAAAGCAUGAUCGAGGAGUUAGCCAGCUAAUUUUGAUAAAUAACCCAAAAAAAUAUCAACAGAUUUUCAGGUUCAUUAAGAAAACUCAACUUCAAUAUAUGUUUUUGGUUGUUGAGUCAAUUAGACCAUGUCCAUUUUAAGCUUUUCCUUUCAAGAAAACGAAAAGUUAUUUCAGAAUAUUUAGGCAAGUCAUCUGGCUAACUCAAUGAUUCUGCUUUGUAGUAUAGCACCCAUAUGAAGGAGAGGAAACAAGGAGAGGAAACAAGGAGAGGAAACAAGGAGAGGAAACAAGGAGAGGAAACAAGGAGAGGAAACAAGGAGAGGAAACAAGGAGAGGAAACAAGGGAGGGGAAACAAGGAUAAUUAGACAAUUGAGAAAAGAAGCCAUGAGUUUCUAUUUCUGUAGCCUGGUCCCAGAUCACAAACAGAUCUGGGAGCAGACUGGAAAUGCCCAUAAAGCACAAACAGAUCUGGGACCAGGCUACUAUUUCACCUCCUCCUUUGUUUGUUUGGGGUGAAGUUUCCCCUAGGAACAGAUCUAGAAUCAGCUUCCCCUUUCCCACUCCUAAACUUAACCCCCAGUAGGCAAAAUGCAAAACUGACCCAAGAUCUGUGUCUAGGGCAGGGGUCGGCAACAAGCGGCCCCGCGGGCAGAGUGAUUUAUUUUGGCCCCCCAAGGUUUUUUUAUUUAUUUUAUUUUUUUAAAGACUCAAAUCACCAUUAUGCUGAAAAGUAGUUAAAUUACAUUUAGGACAUUUAGGAAAUCUGUUCCCAAGUAUUCCCACUAAUAAAAAGAGACAUACACUACAUGACCAAAAUAUGUGGACACCUGCUUGUUGAACAUCUAAUUCCAAAAUCAUGGGCCAUUAAUAUGGAGUUGGUCCCCCCUUUGCUGCUAUAACAGCCUCCACUCUUCUGGGAAGGCUUUCCACUAGAUGUUGGAACAUUGCUGCGGGGGACUUGCUUCCAUUCAGCCACAAGAGCAUUAGUGAGGUCGGGCACUGAUGUUGGGGGCGAUUAGGCCUGGCUCGCAGUCGGCAUUCCACCCAAAGGUGUUUGAUGGGGUUGAGGUCAGGGCUCUGUGCAGGCCAGUCAAUCUCGACAAACCAUUUCUGUAUGGACCUCGCUUUGUGCACGGGGGCAUUGUCAUGCUGAAACAGGAAAGGCCCUUCCCCAAAUUGUUGCCACAAAGUUGGAAGCACAGAAUCGUCUAGAAUGUUAUUGUAUGCUGUAGCGUUGAGAUCCCUUCACUGGAACUAAGGGGCCUAGCCCGAACCAUGAAAAACAGCCCCAGACCAUUAUUCCUCCUCCACCAAACUUUACAGUUGACACUAUGCAUUGGGGCAUUUAGCGUUCUCCUGGCAUCCGCCAAACCCAGAUUAGUCCGUUGGACUGCCAGGUGGUGAAGCGUGAUUCAUCACUCCGGAGAACGCGUUUCCACUGCUCCAGAGUCCAAUGGCGGCAAGCUUUACACCACUCCAGCCGACGCUUGGCAUUGUGCAUGGUGAUCUUAGGCUUGUGUGCGGCUGCUCGGCCAUUAAAACCCAUUUCAUGAAGCUCCCGACGAACAGUUCUAGUGCUGAUGUUGCUUCCAGAGGCUGUUUGGAACUCAGUAGUGAGUGUUGCAAUCGAGGACAGACGAUUUGUACGCGCUACGCGCUACGCGCUUCAGCACUCGGCGGUCCCGUUUUGUGAGCUUGUGUGGCCUACCACUUCGCGGCUGAGCCGUUGUUGCUCCUAGACGUUUCCACUUCACAAUAACAGCACUUACAGUUGACCGGGGCAGCUCUAGCAGGGCAGAAAUUUCACAAAUGGACUUGUUGGAAAGGUGGCAUCCUAUGACAGUGCCACGAUGAAAGUCACUGAGCUCUUCAGUAGGGCCAUUCUACUGUCAAUGUUUGUCUGUGGAGAUUGCAUGGCUGUGUGCUCGAAUUUAUACACCUGUCAGCAAUGGGUGUGGCUGAAAUAGCCGAAUCCACUAAUUUGAAGGGGUGUCCUCAUACUUUUGUAUAUAUAGUGUACAGUGCCUUGCAAAAGUAUUCACCCCCCUUGGCGUUUUUCCUAUUGUGUUGCAUUACAACCUGUAAUUUAAAUUGAUUUUUAUUUGGAUUUCAUGUAAUGGACAUACACAAAAUAGUCCAAAUUGGUGAAGUGAAAUGAAAAAAAUAACUUGGAAAACUGGUGCGUGCAUAUGUAUUCACCCCCUUUGCUAUGAACCCAUCCAACUUGAAGGAGCUGGAGCAGUUUUGCCUUCAAGAAUGGGCAAACAUCCCAGUGGCUAGAUGUGCCAAGCUUAUAGAGACAUACCCCAAGAGACUUGCAGCUGUAAUUGCUGCAAAAGGUGGCUCUACAAAGUAUUGCCUUUGGGGGGGGGGGGUGAAUAGUUAUGCACGCUCAAGUUUUCAGUUUUUUUGUGUUAUUUCUUGUUUGUUUCACAAUUUUUUUUAUUUUCCAUCUUCAAAGUGGUAGGCAUGUUGUGUAAAUCAAAUGAUACAAACCCCCCAAAAAUCCAUUUUAAUUCCAGGUUGUAAGGCAACAAAACAGGGGAAAUGCCAAGGGGGGGUGAAUACUUUCACAAUCCACUGUAUGUGAUCGCGUCUCAAUGCAAUCAAGGUAUGAAAUGAUUGUAUUUGAAAAAUUACAAUCUAUUUUUUGGGGCUUAGUUGUGGUCAAUUUGCAGUGUAAAAAUUAUUAUAAUGAUGUCGUCUUCGUCCCCGUCCCCCGCGGCUGAAUCUAGUCGCCUAACUUCACCCUACACCUGUUUGUUUGUGCUGUCUCUGUCUCCUAGGCAUACGGUUCCCGACAGCCAAUGGCAGAAGGCCCAGGGGUCGGGCCCUGAGUGGUACAGUGAGACUCUGGGAGAUGAUUCUCCUGUUAUCAUUUAUCUCCACGGUAACGUGGGCUCCAGGUGAGUCUAGUGUUGGGGUAGAGACCCUGUGUGCAUCCCAAAUGGCCCCCUACUCCCUGUAUAGUGCACUACUUUUUGACCAGAGCCCUAUGGGUGAGGGAGGUAUGGGCCCUGGUCAAAAAGUAGUGCACUAUACAGGGAAUAGGGGUCCAUUUGGGAUGCACAUCCUGGUAGACACUCCUAAUGGAUUCCAGUGGGUAUUGUUACAUCAUCAGGGCCAUGUUCAUUAGGGAACACCGUGGCAACAAGUUUUGGAAAUCGGAAAAAAUGAGCGUUCUUAUUGGAAAAUAAAAACAGGUUGGCUUUCCCUGUUUCAGGACAUUCUGAGUUCCGAGAUUACGUGACAUCCCUUGGUUUAUUCCACAGAUAUACCAUAGUCAUCCCAGUGUUGUUUCAAUGAAUUAGAGGGAGCUUUUUUGUUUUUGUUUUAAGUUACUAAUCUCUCAAACUGUCCUGUCAUGUCCAAAGGGCCAUACACCACAGGGUCGAACUUGUGAAGGUACUGUAUGUUGUUCUAGUCUGAAAUAAUAUAUCUUUUUUUUAUUACUGGUUAAAAUAAAGGAUUUCCUAACCAAGCCUGUCUAUUUUCUAGAUCCUAAGUGCAGCAGGCUAUCAUGUACUGUCACUGGACUACAGAGGUGAGCACAAAUACAAGUGAAUACACACACACAGUGCAUUCGGAAAGUAUUCAGACCCCUUGACUUUUUCCACAUUUAGUUAUGUUACAGCCUUAUUCUAAAAUGGAUUAAAUUACUUUUUUUCCUCAUCAAUUUACACACAAUAACCCAUAAUGACAAAGCGAAAAAAGAUUUUGAAAUGUUUGCAUAUGUAUAAAAAUAUUAAGAAAGAAAAUACCUUAUUUACAUAAGUAUUCAGACCCUUUGAUAUGAGACUUGAAAUUGAGCUCAGGUGCAUCCUGUUUCCAUUGAUCAUCCUUGAGAUGUUUCUACAACUUGAUUGGACUCCACCUGUGGUAAAUUCAAUUGAUUGGACAUGAUUUGGAAAGGCACACACCUGUCUAUAUAAGGUCCCACAGUUGACAGUGCAUGUCAGAGCAAAAACCAAGCCAUGAGGUCGAAGGAAUUGUCCGUAGAAAUCCAAGACAGGAUUGUGUCGAGGCAAAGAUCUGGGGAAGGGUACCAAACAAUGUCUGCAGCAUUGAAGGUCCCCAAGAACACAGUGGCCUCCAUCAUUCUUAAAUGGAAGAAGUUUGGAAACACCAAGACUCUUCCUAGAGCUGGCCGCCCGGCCAAACUGAGCAAUCGGGGGAGAAGGGCCUUGGUCAGGGAGGUGACCAAGAGCCCGAUGGUCACUCUGACAGAGCUCUAGAGUUGCUCUGUGGAGAUGGGAGAACCUUCCAAAAGGACAACCAUCUCUGCAGCACUCCACCAAUUAGGCCUUUUGGUAGAGUGGUCAGACGGAAGCCACUCCUCAGUAAAAGGAACAUGACAGCCCGCUUGGAGUUUGCCAAAAGGCACCUAAAGCACUCUCAGACCAUGACCUCUGGUCUGAUGAAACCAAGAUUGAACUCUUUGUCCUGAAUGCCAAGCGUCACGUCUGGAGGAAACCUGGCACCAUCCCUACGGUGAAGCAUGGUGGUGGCAGCAUCAUGCUGUGGGGAUGUUUUUCAGUGGCAGGGACUGGGAGACUAGUCAGGAUCGAGGGAAAGAACUGAGCAAAGUACAGAGAGAUCCUUGAUGAAAACCUGCUCCAGAGCACUCAGGACCUCAGACGAAGGUUCACCUUCCAACAGGACAACGACCGUAAGUACACAGCCAAGACAACGCAGGAGUGGCUUCGGGACAAGUCUCUGAAUGUCCUUGAGUGGCCCAGCCAGAGUCCGGACUUGAACCCGAUCUAACAUUUCUGGAGAGACCUGAAAAUAGCUUUGCAGCAACACUCCCCAUCCAACCUGACAGAGCUUGAGAGGAUCUGCAUAGAAGAAUGGGAGAAACUCCCCAAAUACAGGUGUGCCAAGCUUGUAGCGUCAUACCCAAGAAGACUUGAGGCUGUAAUCGCUGCCAAAGGUGAUUCAACAAAGUACUGAGUAAAGGGUCUAAAUACUUAUGUAAAUGUGAUAUUUCAAUUUAUUAUUUUUAAUAAAUUUGCAAAAACGUCUAAACAACCAGUUUUUGCUUUGUCAUUAUGGGAUGUUGUGUGUAGAUUGAUGAGGGGAAAAAAUAAUUUAAUCCAUUUUAGAAUAAGGCUGUAACAUAACAAAAUGUGGAAAAAGUCAAGGGGUAUAUUGUCAUAUUUCCCUGGCCAUUACAAAACUCAGAUGUGUCAAAUAAUCCUGUAAGGUAUGGGUCGCCAAUGGUGAUUUGACAUGUAAAUAAAAUGCAUUAAUUAAUUCAUUAUCCGAAAUAGGACUUCAUGUGGGUGCGUUAUGUUGCUCUCUUAAGUCACUUUGUACCACGACGUCUGUAGUGCAGAGGCAAAUAUAUUUAAUAUAUUGCCAUUCAUUACAUAUUUUUUUGCAUCAGAUUGUAAUGGUAGCAAAGUGGAAAUAUAGUCUACAUAGGGUGGAAGCAGCCAUAAUGACGUCAUGAAUCAAAGGGCUGCUUUGUCACCUUCUCCCCCAGGUUUUGGGGAUUCCAGUGGGGAGCCCAGUGAGGUAGGGAUGACCUCUGACGCCAUCUACCUGUACCAGUGGGUAAAGACACGCAGCAGGACCAGCGAGGUCUGUCUGUGGGGACAUUCCCUGGGCACUGGGUGAGUGAGCGUCUCUUGGCAUUUAGCAUUUUAAAGAUUAAGGGCCCAAUCUCAAAUGGACUCCUAAGACUUACGCAUUUGCGGAGAUCUGAGAGUAUUUGACAGGUAUAAGCAAUAUGGUAAUAGCUCCACCUUGCCCUGUGAUAGGCCGGGUAGAAGUUACACCAUUGGUUAUACUAAUCACAAUUCUCUAAGAUCUCCACAAGGACAUAGACCAGGGUUCUUCAAUUCUGGUCCUGGAGGGCCGAAACACUUCUGUUUUUUAUUUCUACCUGGUAGUUAAUUGCACUCACCUGGUGUCCCAGGUCUGAAUUAGCCCCUGAUUAAAAGGAGAGGAUGAAAAACAGAGGUGUUUCAGCCCUCCAGGACCGGAAUUGAAGAACCCUGGCAUAGGGUUUAGAGCUUAGCGGUCGAUUUGAGAUUCAGCCUGGGUUUCAUUCUAGACUCUUUUCCCCAAAAUGAAGAUGUAUGAACUCUCUAUGCAGGGUGGCGACCAAUGCUGCCGUGAAGAUACAGGAGCAGGGUGAGUUACGCCCUCCAGCUCCAGACAGUUCCUACACCAAUCAAAUAUGUUUUUAAAUCCAUGACAGGGAAAAGUGUGGAGAAUCUGACAUGUAUUAGCUUGUCAGUGGUGAUGAACAAAGUGAGAAGUCUUUAGAUCCCCCUGGUGUUCAAAGUGGGAAGUCUUCUGAUCCCCCUAGUGUUCAAAGUAGGAAGUCUUCUGAUCCCCCUGGAGUUCAAAGUAGGAAGUCUUCUGAUCCCCCUAGUGUUCAAAGUGAGAAGUCUUCAGAUCCCCCUAGUGUUCAAAGUGAGAAGUAUUCUGAUCCCCCUGGUGUUCAAAGUAGGAAGUCUUUAGAUCCCCCUAGUGUUCAAAGUGAGAAGUAUUUAGAUCACUGUAGUGUUCAAAUACAUAAGUAUUUACAUCCCCCUAGUGUUCAAAGGCGGAAGUCUUCAAAGCCCCCUGGUGUUCAAAUGAGGAAGUCUUCAGAGCCCCCUGGUGUUCAAAGAAGAAAGUUUUCAGAGCACCCUAGUGUUCAAAGGCAGAAGUCUUCAGAGCCCCCUGGUGUUCAAAGGGAGAAGUCUUCUGAUCCCCCUAGUGUUCAAAGUAAUAAGUCUUCAGAUCCCCCUAGUGUUCAAAGUAGGAAGUCUUCUGAUCCCCCGAGUGUUCAAAGUGGAAGUAUUCUGAUCCCCCUAGUGUUUCAAAGUGGGAAGUCUUCUGAUCCCCCUAGUGUUCAAAGUGGGAAGUAUUCUGAUCCCCCUAGUGUUCAAAGUAGGAAGUCUUCUGAUCCCCCUAGUGUUCAAAGUGGGAAGUCUUCUGAUCCCCCUAGUGUUCAAAGUAGGAAGUAUUCUGAUCCCCCUAGUGUUCAAAGUGGGAAGUCUUUAGAUCCCCCUAGUGUUCAAAGUAGGAAGUCUUCUGAUCCCCCUAGUGUUCAAAGUGGGAAGUCUUUAGAUCCCCCUAGUGUUCAAUGUGGGAAGUCUUCUGAUCCCCCUAGUGUUCAAAGUGGGAAGUCUUCUGAUCCCCCUAGUGUUCAAAGUGAGAAGUAUUCUGAUCCCCCUAGUGUUCAAAGUAGGAAGUCUUUAGAUCCCCCUAGUGUUCAAAGUGAGAAGUCUUUAGAUCACUGUAGUGUUCAAAUACAUAAGUAUUUACAUCCCCCUAGUGUUCAAAGGCGGAAGUCUUCAAAGCCCCCUGGUGUUCAAAUGAGGAAGUCUUCAGAGCCACCUGGUGUUCAAAGAAGAAAUUUUUCAGAGCACCCUAGUGUUCAAAGGCAGAAGUCUUCAGAGCCCCCUGGUGUUCAAAGGGAUAAGUCUUCUGAUCCCCCUAGUGUUCAAAGUGAGAAGUCUUCUGAUCCCCCUAGUGUUCAAAGUAGGAAGUCUUCUGAUCCCCCUAGUGUUCAAAGUAGGAAGUCUUCUGAUCCCCCCUAGUGUUCAAAGUGGGAAGUAUUCUGAUCCCCCUAGUGUUCAAUGUGGGAAGUCUUCUGAUCCCCCUAGUGUUCAAAGUGGGAAGUCUUCUGAUCCCCCUAGUGUUCAAAGUGGGAAGUAUUCUGAUCCCCCUAGUGUUCAAAGUGGAAGUCUUCUGAUCCCCCUAGUGUUCAAAGUGAGAAGUCUUCAGAUCCCCCUAGUGUUCAAUGUGGGAAGUCUUCAGAUCCCCUGGUGUUCAAUGUGGGAAGUCUUCAGAGCCCCCUGGUGUUCAAAGGGAGAAGUCUUCUGAUCCCCCUAGUGUUCAAAGUAGGAAGUCUUCUGAUCCCCCUAGUGUUCAAAGUAGGAAGUAUUCUGAUCCCCCUAGUGUUCAAAGUAUGAAGUAUUCUGAUCCCCCUAGUGUUCAAAGUAAAAAGUCUUCAGAGCCCCCUGGUGUUCAAAGGGAAGAAGUUCAUUUCAGCUAGUUCAGUCAUACUCAAUAGACAGACUGUGGGCCGGACCCAGAAUGACGUCAAUACCGACAAAAAACCUGCUGGAAAUUAGCUUUUAAAACAUUUAACAUUUUUCUCUCUGCCAACAAGAGGGGUGUGAACAGUUGGGGUCGUGAGGUGGGGGUUUGUUACUACGCCGAUAAAUGACAAUAUCCAACCGGACCUUUGCCACCUAGGAAAUAUGUGUGACCGGACCUUCUCAAAUAAUAUUUUAGUACCCCUGAUCUAGUUAGUUUAUUUACCUUGACAGCUAGCCAUGCAAUGAUUUUCGAUUUCACAAUUUAUUCAUCUGAAGACUCAAUUGUUAUUUUUCCUGUUGUUUUCAACGUCAGUGACUGGUCUUGAUAGCCUGCGUGCCAGUCUGGUUCUGCUGCCAACGUCAGUGACUGGUCUUGAUAGCCUGCGUGCCAGUCUGUUUCUGCUGCCAACGUCAGUGACUGGUCUUGAUAGCCUGCGUGCCAGUCUGGUUCUGCUGCCAACGUCAGUGACUGGUGCCACGUCUGUUUGAGCUGCCAACGUCAGUGACUGGCCUCAACUGAAUCUCAACGUUCAGUAUUCAGCUGGAUUUUAUGCAGGGGUCACCUGAUAGAACCUCUAUUAAAAUGCAUGAGCUGAUGCACACACCACACAAAUGUGUAGAGGUGCUGACUGACGGGGAAUAAACUGUAUAAAAGAAAGGAAGUCACACUCUACACAUGCUCCAAACUAUUUAAAGUGAUGCUCCGGAACUUUAGUAUAAUUCCAGCCAGUAGUUUUGAUAGUGGUGCUCACGAGCCAAACCGGGUCCCUGUUUUUUGUGUACUACGUCCUCCAUUCAAUGUCAUUUAGUCUACUUUUUUUGUUUGGCUUUUUGUCAUGUCUUGUCAGUGGGCAAACAUACAAAUCAGCAGGGGUCAAAUACUUUUUCCCUCACUGUAUAUAUAAUAAUAUAUAUAUCAUAUAUAUAUAUAUAUAUAUAUAUAUAUAGGUUGAUCAAACCCCUGGUCUGCCACGGAUAUACGUAAUAUAUAUAUAUAUAUAUACAGUGGGGAAAAAAGUAUUAGUCAGCACCAAUGUGCAAUUUUAAAAGUGGGCCGUUUCUUAGGUACACUCAACAUGCAACUUUAGAAAAAAUAAAAAACUUAGAAAGAAUUAGCUUGGUGGUAAGUAUUGGUCAUACAAAAGCAGUUGUUACAACUGAUCCAAGUCGUCCUACUCGUAUAUGCAUUUUUAAUUGAUCAUUUUAAAAAACCGGGCCCAAAUAACAGUAAUCCAAAUUAUAUCCCAAAAAAGUGUAAAAAAAAGAAAAAUUUUCCCCCACUAAAUGAAAAGCAAUUAAACUGGUUUAAGUCAACUUGGGACAAAUAGUUGAAGUAUGGUAAAAAGACUUAAAUUUUUAGGAAAAACCUGGUGUAAAAAAGAAAUUUCCCCCCAAUUUUUAAUUAAAAACCCCAACCCUUUAGUAAAGCAACUUAAAGGGGGUCAAGGGGAAAUUGCCCGAGGGUUAAAGGGGAAUUUUAGCAGUUUAGGUAGUUUGUGGGGUAUUUUGGGGAAAUUCCUUAAAAUGAUUUUAAAAACCCCUAAAAAAAGUUUGGGAUAGGAUUAAAAGAUCCUAUAUUUUAAGAAGUUCUUUGAUCGGGAUUUAAAAAGGAUUUAUCUAUUUUAAAUUUGGGAUAAGAACUAUUUAUGGGAUCAUUACAAUUAAUGGGUCCCUGCCAUUACGAAAUUUAAGUUAAAAUGAAGUCGAAAAAAUAUGGGGAAUUAGCUUUUUCCCCUUUUUAAUGAAAAAAUUUUUACACUGUUAAUAAAGUCUUCAAAUUAAAGGACAAAUAAAACCCCUUUUAUGGGAAAAUAGGAAUGUUUUCAAAAAAAAAGUUUUGGCCCCCCCAAUAAAAAAUUACCCUUUUAAAAGGGUUUGUCUUUGUCCCCUUAAGGGAAACUCAUGUUUUAAAAGGAAUUUUGAAAACCCAAGGUCAAAGUGAAUCUUAAACCCCAAGGUUAAUGGGAAUUUUGACUUUUAAAUGGGGGAAAAAAUAGUGAACCCCUUUUGUUCAAAAAGUUUAUCCCCUUUUUUCAAAAAGAAUAACUAGGGAAUGAGUUUAUCCCCAAAAUCUUUUCAAAAAUGGUAAAAUGGGGAACUUAAGGUUUUUAAGGAAAGUUUCUGUCCCCAGGCAAAUAAUAAGCCCCUGUUCAAAUUUAAUUUCCCCUGUUUUUUAGAAAUCCCCAAAAAUUUCCAACCCCCAUUUUAAGAGAAGAUUUUACAAAAGCAAAUGAAUUUAACCCCGUCAAUGAAAACUUCCCUUUUUAGAAAAAAUUUACAAAUUUUUUAAGAAAAGUGAACCUUGUCUUUGGUUUUCGAAUCCCGGACAAAUAAGGACGCAAAAAGGGUGGGGAUUAAAUUUUUUUUACCCUUUUAAAAAAAAGUUACAGUGGCACCAAGUGUUUCUCAACCUUACAAAUUUCCCCAAAUUUUUUAAGCCCCAUUCUGGUUUUAUUCCAUUUGGGUUUGGGGUCAUUUAAAUGAAGCCUCUAUUUUUUAAAACAUUGGUGUUGGAACCGUCUGGUUUCCCAACUAAUUUGGUUUAAUCUAUAUUGGCUGGUUUUAGGGGCCCCCAAAGUCCUUAAAAGAUGGUUGGUUUCCCCAGUUAGGUGCGACAAAGGGUUAACCAAAACAGAGUAACCAAUUUUUUAAUAAACCUUACCGGAUAAAGGAACCCCCUAAAAUGGAAAAUGGUUCGGUUUUUUCUUUUAAACCCGGGUUUUAUUAAAAAUUUAUUUCCAUUUUUUUGGAAAAUUAUUAAAUAAAAUUUUUCCCUGUUUUGCAUGGGUUUCCAUUAAUUUUUUCAAGUUUUAAGAAAGUUGAUUUAAAAUUUAGAUAGAUUAAAAAAAAAAUCGUUCCACUGGGUUCCAAAGACAAAGAAAAAACCCCUUUAAAGUGAUGCUCCGAACUUUAGGAUAAUUCGCAGUAGUUUUGAUAGUGGUGCUCCACGAGCCAAACCGGGUCCCUGUUUUGUGUACUACGUCCUCCAUUUCAUAUGUCAUUUUACGUCCUACUUUUUGUUUUGCAAUUUGUGUAUAUGUGUGUAUAUAUAUAUAUAUAUACACAAAAUUAUAGACUGAUCAUGUCUUUGUCAGUGGGCAAACGUACAAAAUCAGCAGGGGAUCAAAUACUUUUUUCCCUCACUGUAUAUAUAUAUAUAUAUAAUAUAUAUAUAUAUUAUAUAUAUAUAUAUAUAUAUAUAUAUAUAUAUAUAUAGUCUUGAUCAAACCCCCUGGUCUGCCACGGUAUAUACAGUAUAUAUAUAUAUAUAUAUAUGUAUAUGUGUGUGUGUUACUCUGGAUAAGAGCGUCUGCUAAAUGACUAAAAUGUAAAAAUGUUACGAAUUUGUUGUGCUUUAAAAUCCCAGACUGCAUCUUUAAUGGGUAAACAUAACCAACUUUUUGGCAUGCAGUUCAAGCAUUCAUUAUUUAACCCUAAAAGAAGUCACUGAUUGAACAUAACAUUAAUAAUGGAUCUAUGACAAAAAUGUUUGUCAUGACAUGUUUCCAUGUUUGGCUUGACAGCGAAGGAGUUGGCAAGAGAAAGAGCACGUGAUCUGAGGGACAUAACACUAGCAGAUCUGGAACCAAGCUAUGCCGUUGAUGGUGUGAUCCUGGAGGCUCCGUACACCAACAUGGAGGAGGAAGUAGCCAGCCAUCCCCUCAGCAUGGUGAGGCGUCUGUCUGUCUCUCACUCUGUCUGCCUGCCUGUCUGUCUCUCACUCUGUCUGUCUGCCUGCCUGCCUGUCUAUGGCCUUGUGUACAUUUACAUUUUAGUCAUUUAGCAGACGCUCUUAUCCAGAGAGUGAGUGCAUACAUUGUUUUUAAUUUUUUUCAUAUUGGCUCCCCGUGGGAAUCGAACCCACAACCCUGGCGUUGCAAACGCCAUGCUCUACCAACUGAGCUAACAGUGUGUUAUUGCACUAUGAAACCCCGAGAUGGCUUCAUUUCCCUGUUUCACAAGAAUGUCUUAGCUAUCCAUCUCCUUCCUGUAUAUUUUACCCAUAUUGCUCUACUCUAGGACUAGUUAAGAAUGUCUUAGCUAUCCAUCCUUCCUGUAUAUUUUACCCAUAUUGCUCUAUUCUAGGACUAGUUAAGCUCAAACUAUUUCUGAACUGAUAUUGCUGUUUGUUCCCUUCUAUUCAGCUGUAUCAGUAUCUUCCAGGUUUUGAGAGCAUUCUUCAUCACAUCAUGCAAAGGAACAACAUGGUGUUCGCUAACGAUGAAAAGUAAGUACUGCCUGUGUUACCAUAACAACAUAGGUAGAUGCUAUGAGGACGACUGUGUCCCAAAUGGCACCCUAUUCCUUAUAUAGUGCACUACUUUAUAGUGCACUAAUUUUGACCAGGGCCUAUAGGGCUAGUGGAGGUAGUGCACUGCACUAAAUAAAAUAAAAUAACAUUUUAUUGGUCACAUGCGCUAAAUACAACAGGUGUAGACCUUACAGUGAAAUACUUAGGAGCCGUUAACCAACAAUGCAGAGUUAAAAGUAAGACAAAUAUUUGCUAAAUAAAAAAGGAAAUAGUAACUCAAUAAAAACAAUAAUGAGGCUAUAUACAGGAAGUAGCAGUACUGAGUCAGUGUGCAGGAGUACCAGUACUGAGUCAAUGUGCAGGAGUACCAGUACUGAGUCAGUGUGCAGGGGUACCAGUACUGAGUCAGUGUGCAGGGGUACCAGUACUGAGUCAGUGUGGAGGGGUACCAGUACUGAGUCAGUGUGCAGGGGUACCAGUACUGAGUCAAUGUGCAGGAGUACCAGUACUGAGUCAGUGUGGAGGGGUACCAGUACUGAGUCAGUGUGCAGGGGUACCAGUACUGAGUCAAUGUGGAGGGGUACCAGUACUGAGUCAGUGUGCAGAGGUACCAGUACCAGGGGUACCAGUACCAGGGGUACCAGUACUGAGUCAGUGUGCAGGGGUACCAGUACUGAGUCAGUGUGCAGGGGUACCAGUACUGAGUCAAUGUGGAGGGGUACCAGUACUGAGUCAGUGUGGAGGGGUACCAGUACUGAGUCAGUGUGGAGGGGUACCAGUACUGAGUCAGUGUGCAGGGGUACCAUACUGAGUCAGUUGUGCAGGGUUACCAGUACUGAGUCAGUGUGGAGGGGGUAACCAGUACUGAGUCAGUGGGCAGGGGUACCAGUACUGAGUCAAUGUGCAGGAGUACCAGUACUGAGUCAGUGUGCAGGGGUACCAGUACUGAGUCAAUGUGGAGGGGGUACCAGUACUGAGGUCAGUGUGGAGGGGGUACCAGUACUGCGUCAGGUGUGCCAGGAGGUACCAGUACCAGGGGUACCAGUACCAGGGGUACCAGUACUGAGUCAAUGUGGAGGGGUACCAGUACUGAGUCAGUUGUGGAGGGGUACCAGUACUGAGUCAGUGUUCAGGGGGUACCAGUACUGAGUCAGUGUGCAGGGGUACCAGUACUGAGUCAGUGUGGAGGGGUACCAGUACUGAGUCAAUGUGGAGGGGUACGAGGUAGUUGAGGUGAUACAGUAUGUACAUGUGGGUAAAAAGGGACCAGGCAAUCAGGAUAUAUAAUAAACAGAGUAGCAGCAUCGAAUGUGAAGUGUGAAAGUGUCUGUGUGUGUGUGGCGUCAAUAUGCAUGUGUGUUGUGUGUGUGAGUGAGUGUUGGAGUGUGUUGGAGUGUCAGUGUAGUAUGUGUGAGUGUGUGGGUAGAGUCCAGGGAGUGUGUGGGUAGAGUCCAGGGAGUGUGUGGGUAGAGUCCAGGGAGUGUGUGGGUAGAGUCCAGGGAGUGUGUGGGUAGAGUCCAGUGAGUGUGUGGGUAGAGUCCAGGGAGUGUGUGGGUAGAGUCCAGGGAGUGUGUGGGUAGAGUCCAGUGUGGGUAGAGUCCAGGGAGUGUGUGGGUAGAGUCCAGGGAGUGUGGGUAGAGUCCAGGGAGUUGUGUGGGUAGAGUCCAGGGAGUGUGGGUAGAGUCCAGGGGAGUGUGUGGGGUAGAGUCCAGGGAGGUGUGGGGGUAGAGUCCAGGGAGUGUGUGGGGUAGAGUCCAGGGAGUGUGUGGGUAGAGUCCAGGGAGUGUGUGGGUAGAGUCCAGGGAGUGUGUGGGUAGAGUCCAGGGAGUGUGUGGGUAGAGUCCAGGGAGUGUGUGGGUAGAGUCCAGGGAGUGUGUGGGUAGAGUCCAGGGAGUGUGUGGGUAGAGUCCAGGGAGUGUGGGUAGGAGUCCAGGAGUGUGUGGGUAGAGUCCAGUGGAGUGUGUGGGUAGAGUCCAGGGAGUGUGUGGGUAGAGUCAGGGAGUGUGUGGGGUAGAGUCCAGGGAGUGUGUGGGUAGAGUCCAGUGAGUGUGUGGGUAGAGUCCAGGAGUGUGUGGGUAGAGUCCAGGGAGUUGUGUGGUAGAGUCCAGGGAGUGUGUGGGUAGAGUCCAGGGGAGUGUGUGGGUAGAGUCCAGUGAGUGUGUGGGUAGAGUCCAGGGAGUGUGUGGGUAGAGUCCAGGGAGUGUGUGGGUAGAGUCCAGGGAGGUGUGUGGGUAGAGUCCAGUGAGUGUGUGGGGUAGAGGCCAGGGAGUGUGUGGGUAGAGUCCAGGGAGUGUGUGGGUAGAGUCCAGUGAGUGUGUGGGGUAGAGUCCAGUGAGUGUGUGGGUAGAGUCCAGUGAGUGUGUGGGUAGAGUCCAGUGAGUGUGUGGGUUAGAGUCCAGGGAGUGUGUGGGUAGAGUCCAGUGAGUGUGUGGGUAGAGUCCAGUGAGUGUGUGGGUAGAGUCCAGUGAGUGUGUGGGUAGAGUCCAGGGAGUGUGUGGGUAGAGUCCAGGGAGUGUGCAAGGGAGUCAGUGCAAAACAAUUAAGAUAAAUAAAUAAUAAAGGGUGUCAAUGUAAAUAGUCCGGGUGGCCAGUUGAUGAACUGUUCAGCAGUCUUAUGGCUUGGGGAUAGAAGCUGUUCAGGAGCCUUUUGGUCCCAGACUUGGCACUCCGGUACCGCUUACCGUGUGGUAGCAGAGAGAACAGUCUAUGACUAGGGUGGCUGGAGUCUGAACAUUUGUAGGGCCUUCCUCUGACACCGCCUGGUAUAGAGGUCCUGGAUGGCAGGAAGCUUGGCCCCAGUGAUGUACUGGGCUGUACGCAUUACCCUCUGUAGUGCCUUACGGUCGGAGGCCGAGCAGUUGCCAUGCAAAGCGGUGAUGCAACCAGUUAAGAUGCUCUCAAUGGUGCAACUGUAUAACUUUUUGAGGAUCUGAGUUCCCAUGUCUAAUCUUUUCAGCCUCCAGAGGGGGAAUAGGUGUUGUCGUGCCCUCUUCACGACUGUGUUGGUGUGUUUGGACCAUGAUAGGUUCUUAGUCGGCUUCCUAUUUCGCAACAAAGCCUCCUUCACUCAUGCUGCCAAACAUGCCCUCGUAAAACUGACUAUCCUACCAAUCCUUGACUUCGGCGAUGUCAUUUACAAAAUAGCUUCCAACACUCUACUCAGCAAAUUGGAUGUAGUCUAUCACAGUGCCCUCCGUUUUGUCACCAAAGCCCCAUAUACUACCCACCAUUGUGACCUGUACGCUCUCGUUGGCUGGCCCUCACUACAUAUUCGUCGCCAAACCCACUGGCUCCAGGUCAUCUAUAAAUCACUUCUAGGCAAAUCCCCCCCUUAUCUUAGCUCCCUGGUCACCAUAGCAACACCCACCCGUAGUCUGCGCUCCAGCAGGUAUAUCUCACUGGUCAUCCCCAAAGCCAACACCUCCUUUGGCCGCCAUUCCUUCCAGCUCUCUGCUGCCAAUGACUGGAACGAACUGCAAAAAUCUCUGAAGCUGGAGACUCUUAUCUCCCUCACUAACUUUAAGCAUCAGUUGUCAGAGCAGCUUACCGAUCACUGCACCUGUACACAGCCCAUCUGUAAUUAGCCCACCCAACUACCUCAUCCCCAUAUUGUUAUUUAUUUUGCUCAUUUGCACCCCAGUAUCUCUAUUUGCACAUCAUCUUCUGCACAUCUAUCACUCCAGUGUUAAUACUAAAUUAUAAUUGUAAUUAUUUUGCACUAUGGCCUAUUUAUUGCCUUACCUCCAUAACUUACUACAUUUGCACACACUGUAUAUAGAUUUUCUAUUGUGUUAUUGACUGUACGUUUUGUUUACCCCAUAUGUAACUCUGUGUUGUUGUUUUUAUCACACUGCUUUGCUUUAUCUUGGCCAGGUCGCAGUUGUAAAUGAGAACUUGUUCUCAACUGGCUUGCCUGGUUAAAUAAAGGUGAAAUAAAAUAAAUAAAUAAGAAGAAAAAAAUGUGUGAUGUGGACACUGAGGCACUUGAAGCGCUCGGCCCUCCGUAUCCUGUAGUCUACCAUCAGCUUCUUUGUCUAUAUAGGGAAUAGGGUGCCGUUUGGAAUGCACCCUGGUAGGGUGCCGUUUGGAAUGCAGCCUGGUA